AUGGCCUCUAUACCAGUCAGAGAUGGACCACAGAUUAAUUCCGAUCUGGAUCUAUUUCUCAAAUUCUUCGUUCAAAAGGCAACACAAGUAAUAGCACAAUCAAGAACUGGUCAAAAAUACAGAACAAAAUCCAAACCUACUCCUAGAUCGACCGAUUGGUUCACGUUAGAUUUGGAAGAUAAUCGAGUCAUUAUUGAUGAGAUACGAACGUUAUACUCCAGUAAAUCGUUUCGUGAAGACGAGCCAUUAUGCAUGGAAAUUUCACUGACAUCACCAGAGCGAACAGUUACAUUGAACAUCUUAAUUCAGGGAAACUGUAUGGUACUGGAAAUUUGGUCCUUCACCUUGAAUACUACCAAAUUCGAUCCUAAUGUCCGUGUCCGGUACACAGUUUAUAAUCGUUUUGGUAUGUUGCUAAGAUCUCUCUUUGCUGUAUCACGCGCCGUGCCGGCAUAUAAUUUAGCAAGGAAACAUGGCCAUGAGGUUGAUUUAUUAUAUUGUUUAUACUAUGGAGAACCACAACUUAGUAACUUGGGAGAAGGUUACAAAACACUACAAGUUGGAUCUGUCGGGACUCCUGGUGGCUAUUUAAUUGUGUCUUUAGCGUACAGAAGUAAAUAUAUUCUUGAUGACAGAUCAUCACAAGAUACUAUUGGGCGUCCUCAGUCUGUGCGACCGAAACUAAUUAAGAGUAUUAACGACGGUCAAGUACUGGAUGUAACUAUGACCAGCAACUUAAAAGACCGAAUAACCGAUGAAUUAGCAAGUGCUAUGGCGGAUGAUUUCAGCAGUAAAAGUUCCACAACUGCUGCUGUACCUAUUGUUAAUAAAGAUAAAAUACCAAAUACUGUCUCCGAAUCUCCAGUCUGUCACAGCCUACCUAAAACCACAGUUUUAGCAGCUUUUGUCGAAGGAAGUAGCCCUCAGAAUAUGACACCACCUCGUCGGCCUUCAAUGCCUGUCAUCUUUUCGUCACCGGAUAAAGAGGGUAUAGACGAUUCAGCGGUUACUGGAUCUUAUGAAGGUACGCUAGGAAUUGAAAGUCGGCGCGAAAGUUUUAUGGAGGAGGAUGAUUUCGUUAUGGUAGAUUUGAACCCAGCGUUUGCUACAACACCUUCGCUGGAAUCCGAUUUAGCUGCGUUUUAUCGCGCGUGUCAAUCUGCACCUAGACUUAGAAUGUUCGAUAAUGAUACAGCUCUUGACCUUACUGCACAAGGCCUCGAUACGAUUGGGCAAGAAUUAGACAACUUUAAAAAAUUAGGAGAAGAAUUUGAAAGCUCUUUGGGCCCAUACGUAAAAUUUGAAUAG